AUGGCCAUUGGCACAAGUUUUGUUAUUACUAAAAAGGGUUUAAUACAAGCGUCGGAACGACAUGGCUUCGAAGGAGAUGGAUUCUCUUAUCUGAAGAGCCCCAUGUGGUGGGGAGGAAUAGUUACAUUGGUCCUCGGCGAGGUUGCGAAUUUCGCCGCAUAUGCCUUUGCCCCUGCGAUCUUAGUGACUCCUCUCGGCGCGCUAAGUGUUUUAAUAGGAGCUGUUCUGGGAGCAUACUUCCUUAAUGAGCGGCUUGGAGUCCUGGGAAAACUUGGAUGUGCCCUUUCACUGCUCGGCUCGGUUAUCAUUGUCCUUCAUGCGCCUCCAGACCAAGAAAUCGGAACUAUAGAUGAGAUCUUACAUUAUGCGCUUCAGCCAGGAUUCCUUCUUUACUGUACUUUUGUUGCCAUUUUUUCCACUGUGAUGAUAUAUCGAGUUUCGCCGAAGUAUGGCAAGAAAAACCCUCUUGUUUACAUCUCCAUCUGUUCCACUGUUGGUUCGGUCUCGGUCAUGUCGGUCAAAGCAUUCGGAAUUGCCGUGAAACUCACCCUGGACGGACAUAACCAGUUCACACAUCCAUCGACCUACGUUUUUGCCAUCGUGGUUGUCUGCUGUAUAUUGACGCAGAUGAACUACUUCAACAAGGCCCUGAGCCAAUUCUCUACUUCCAUUGUAAAUCCCCUGUACUAUGUUACCUUUACCACCGCCACUCUAUGCGCCUCUUUUGUCCUCUUCCGCGGAUUCAACACGACAGACAAAGUCGCAACGAUAUCUCUCCUCUGCGGGUUCCUCGUUAUCUUCUCUGGCGUCUAUCUUCUCAACCUAUCCCGGACGGAUCCCGAUGGCCGUGCUACGGGCCGACCAGAUGAUGAGGACGCUGUCCCAACUGACGGGAUUGCAGGUAUACAGACCCGUCGAUCGCUGCAGGCACGAAGAAGCAUCGACCCGCACCGCCGGAGUUCUUCCAGUAUUGCAUAUUUCAACGGACCAAGUGACAGGGAAGGGCUCAUGCGGUCCUACGAUCUCGAGAGCGGUGCAGCCUUUGGUCUAGAGGAUCUAACGGAAGAGCCUGACGAUGACAGUGAAAGCCAUAGCCUGCGUCAGACAAAUGGCACUACAGAGCGUCGUCCAGAUGACCCUAUUCCCAACGGGAAUGGCACAAAGCCUUGA